UACAAAGGUUAGACCAUCAUGGCGGAGCGUGAGAUGGCUGUGGACAGGAAGGAGGCGUUUGUGCCGCCGCUGGACGAGUUAGCCGCAGUUCUGCAGGCUGGCCUGAGUACCAACUUCCUAGAUGCCAAAGUCAAAGUUGUGGACUGUCCUGACCUGACACAACCACCCUUCACACUGGCAGCUCCAGGACUAUGUGGCAGUCCCCGGGUGGCUGAUGUUGGAGGAGUGCCCUAUCUCAUCCCCACCCCGCAACUAGACAAGAAGUAUAACCUGGAGCAGGUGGCAGGGCAGGUGGAUCUCCCAGGUGCGUUUGUGCUGGGAGCAGGUGCAGGUGGUGCACAUGUCGUGGGGGUCAACUGUGAGAUGAUGCCCAACAUCAGGACCACGGGCGGGGCCCACAGCAGGAACAACCAGACCCGAAUUUCACGUGUCAACACUGAGGAUGGGACGUGUAUACUAGAACAUUAUGAGGAGACCUACCAGUGCCGUGACUUCUGCCUGCUGGCUAACUUGUUCUUCAGCGAGGGAAAACCUGGCAAGGUCCUGGAGGUGAAAGCGAAGGUCCGUACAGGUCAGGAGAACUUUGUGAGCUGCAUGCGGAAGACCCUGGAGCAGCAGUAUGGAGACAGACCGGUCGCCCUGGGAGGCACCUUCCUACUGGAGAAGGGUCAGGCCAAAAUUCAUAUCAUGCCCGGAUUCUCCCAGACGCCCCUACAGUCUGAGCAGGACGUCAAUAACUGGCUGAACUUUUUUGAGAUGAGCGGACCUCUUAUCAACCUCAGUGUGUUUGUGUCCAGGGAUCCUGGUCUGGACUUGCGAGUGGAGCACACCCACUGUUUCUCCCAUCACGGGGAGGGGGGCCACUACCACUACGACACCACACCUGAGGAGGUGGAGUACAGAGGAUACUUCCUCCCCGCAGAGUACAUCUACAGGGUGGACCGCCCUAAGAUCUCCCACAUGAUAGGCAGGGACUGAAGUCGUUCCAACACAUUUCCAACCAACCAAUCAUUGAGAUCUAUAGUGUGAUGAUGAGAGUCUGUAGGCAAUUUUAUCAUGAAAUGAA